AUGUCCGACACCUGCCGCAUCUGUAAGCAGAACAUCAGUGACUGCUCGUGUGCCGUCAAGAUGGCUUACGACAACUGCCCAAUCUGCCGCCAGAACAUCAGCGAUUGUUGUUGUGCGGUCAAGAACCAACUUGCCUCCGACACUUGUCCGAUCUGCCGUCAGAAUAUCAGCGAUUGCUGCUGCGCCGUCAAGAACAGCAAGGCUGUCUCGGACAACUGCCCGAUCUGUCGCCAGAACAUCAGCGAUUGUUGCUGCGCGGUGAAGAAUCAGCUUGCCUACGCCUGCCUUGCGUACGACACCUGCCCCAUCUGCCGCCAAAACAUUAGCGAUUGCUGCUGUACCGCCAAGAACGGUCUGCAACAUGCUGGUGUGUGCGUGUAA